CGUGUAGCGCAGCAAGAGCAUCUUCCAACAUGGCGUCUGUAUCCUCGGGAUUCCCUUUCAACCUGCCGGUUGCAUCUCUGUUGCUGAUCCUGCUGCUAUGCCUGCAUUCGGGGGGAGGCCAGAAGAAGAAAGAGAACAUGUUGGUGGAGAAGGUGGAUCAGAUGAUGGAGUGGAGCUCCAGGCGUUCCGUGAUCCGGAUGAACGGCGAUAAGUUCCGGAGGUUCGUCAAGGCCCCGCCCCGGAACUACUCGGUCAUCGUGAUGUUCACUGCGCUGCAGCCACAGAGGCAGUGCUCCGUCUGCAGACAAGCUAACGAGGAGUACCAGGUGCUGGCUAACUCCUGGCGCUACUCUUCAGCUUUCUGUAACAAACUCUUCUUCACCGUGGUGGACUAUGAUGAGGGGGCGGACGUCUUUCAGCAGCUGAAUAUGAACUCAGCCCCUACCUUCAUGCACUUCCCAGCUAAGGGGAAGCCUAAGAGGGCAGACACCUUUGACCUCCAGCGGAUCGGCUUUGCCUCGGAGCAGCUGGCCAAGUGGAUCGCAGACCGCACCGACGUACAGAUCCGUGUAUUCCGUCCCCCUAACUACUCUGGCACCAUAGCCUUGGCCCUGCUGGUGUCCCUGGUAGGAGGACUGCUCUACCUCCGCAGGAACAACCUGGAAUUCAUCUAUAACAAGACUGGCUGGGCCAUGGCCGCGCUGUGUGUGGUGUUUGCCAUGACAUCAGGCCAGAUGUGGAACCACAUCCGCGGCCCACCUUACGCACACAAGAACCCCCAGAACGGCCAAGUGAGUUAUAUCCAUGGGAGCAGCCAGGCCCAGUUUGUAGCUGAGUCCCACAUCAUCCUGCUGCUCAAUGCCGCCAUCACCAUGGGGAUGGUCCUGCUCAAUGAGGCGGCGACGUCCAAAGGAGAUGUGGGCAAGAGGAGAAUUAUCUGCCUGGUGGGACUGUGUGUGUGUGUAAUGUUGUACUGUGUGUUUCAGUUAUCUGCCUGGUGGGACUGUGUGUGUGGUAGUGUGUGUGUGUGUGUAAUGUUGUACUGUGUGUUUCAGUUAUCUGCCUGGUGGGGCUGUGUGUGUGGUAGUGUGUGUGUGUGUAAUGUUGUACUGUGUUUCAGUUAUAUGCCUGGUGGGACUGUGUGUGUGGUAGUGUGUGUGUGUGUAAUGUUGUACUGUGUGUUUCAGUUAUCUGCCUGGUGGGACUGUGUGUGUGGUAGUGUGUGUGUGUGUAAUGUUGUACUGUGUGUUUCAGUUAUCUGCCUGGUGGGACUGUGUGUGUGGUAGUGUGUGUAAUGUUGUACUGUGUGUUUCAGUUAUCUGCCUGGUGGGACUGUUUGUGUGGUAGUGUGUGUGUAAUGUU